AUGACGAACCGCCCGCCAGCGCCGGGGACCUAUGAUCCCAGAGAUUGGAAAUGUCCCAACUGCAAGACAUUGAACUUCAAAAAGCGGAAGAACUGCCUGUCAUGUGCGACGGAGAGACCGCCACAAACCAAAGAUCAAGUCAUGCCUGACUGGCGCACGGGCAAGAAAGACUGCGGAGCCAAUGUGAACGCCGACUGGACUUGCCGUCCUUGCGGCAGAUUCUGGGGCAUGGUCUUAAGUAGCGUGUUUAAGGUGUAUGGUUCAGGAUCAAAGGAUUUAGGCUGCAGGUUUCAGAUGACAGGAGGAAGAAAGCCUACUUUCUCCCAAACAUGGAAUCCCAUUUGGACUGUUAGUUUUUUUUUCAGCUUCUGCACUAGUUUCUGUGGCACAUUGUUCCUUGUCAUUUGUGCAAGGGAGGGUUUUGCAGCCCCAAAAGGUCUUGCAACCGUAAACGCCAAGCCCUGA